AUGGAGGAGGACGUUCUGGACAAACUCGAGGACAUGGCGUCGGUGCAGGACUUCGACCCCCUCACGGGCAGCAUCCCGGCCACCAAAGUGGAGAUCACGGUCUCCUGCAGGAAUCUUUUGGAUAAAGAUACAUUCUCCAAGUCUGACCCAUUGUGUGUGCUGUAUACUCAGGGCAUAGAGACCAAGCAGUGGAGAGAGUUUGGCAGGACAGAAGUCAUUGACAACACCUUGAACCCUGACUUUGUGCGGAAGUUCAUCCUCGAUUACUUUUUUGAAGAGAAGCAGAAUUUGCGCUUUGAUCUUUAUGAUGUAGAUUCCAAGAGUCCAGACCUGACCAAACAUGAUUUCCUUGGUCAAACAUUCUGUACUCUGGGGGAGAUUGUUGGAUCACCAGGAAGUCGCUUGGAGAAGCCUUUGAUAAUGGGAGCAUUUACAUUACAUUCCAAAACUGGGAAGCCUAUGCCAUCUGUCUCCAAUGGAGAAAUUCCGGGGAAAAAGUGUGGCACCAUCAUUCUCUCAGCUGAAGAACUGGGCAAUUGUAGGGAUGUGGCCACAAUGCAGUUCUGUGCCAACAAGCUGGACAAGAAAGACUUCUUUGGAAAAUCAGACCCUUUCAUGGUAUUCUUCAGAAGUAACGAAGAUGGAACAUUUACCAUUUGUCAUAAAACUGAAGUGGUGAAGAACACUCUGAAUCCAGUAUGGCAAUCAUUCGCUAUCCCUGUGCGAGCCUUGUGCAAUGGAGACUAUGACAGAACCAUAAAAGUAGAGGUAUAUGACUGGGAUCGAGAUGGCAGUCAUGAUUUCAUUGGAGAGUUUACAACCAGCUAUAGAGAACUGGCACGAGGACAAAGCCAGUUUAAUGUCUAUGAGGUGGUAAAUCCCAAAAAGAAAAUGAAGAAAAAGAAAUACUCUAAUUCAGGAACAGUAACAUUGCUGUCAUUUGCCACUGAAUCAGAACAUACGUUUCUAGAUUACAUCAAAGGAGGGACACAGAUCAAUUUCACAGUGGCCAUUGAUUUCACAGCUUCCAAUGGCAAUCCUUCUCAGUCUACCUCCCUUCAUUACAUGAAUCCAUACCAGCUCAAUGCAUAUGCCAUGGCACUGAAGGCUGUUGGGGAGAUCAUCCAGGACUAUGACAGUGAUAAAAUGUUCCCAGCGCUUGGGUUUGGAGCCAAGAUUCCCCCCGAUGGGCGUGUCUCUCAUGAGUUCCCUUUGAAUGGCAACUGUGACAAUCCUCACUGUAGUGGAAUAGAAGGAAUCCUUGAAGCAUAUCACCAGAGCCUCAAGACUGUGCAGCUCUAUGGCCCAACUAACUUUGCACCAGUGGUCAACCAUGUGGCUGGAUAUGCCUCGGCUGUGCAAGAUGGCUCCCAGUAUUUCGUUUUACUCAUCAUCACGGAUGGUGUGAUAUCAGACAUGGCUCAGACAAAAGAAGCAAUUGUCAAUGCUGCCAAACUUCCAAUGUCUAUAAUAAUUGUGGGUGUUGGACAGGCUGAAUUUGAUGCAAUGGUGGAAUUGGAUGGAGAUGAUGUUCGGAUCACAUCUCGUGGAAGGACUGCUGAACGUGACAUUGUCCAGUUUGUACCAUUCCGCGAUUACAUUGACCGCACUGGCAACCACGUCUUGAGUAUGGCACGGCUGGCUAAGGACGUGCUGGCUGAGAUUCCGGAUCAGUUCAUCUCCUACAUGAAGGGGCGUGGCAUCAAACCUAAUCCAGCUCCACCUCCUUACUUUCCCUCAAGCCACACCCUUCAGACCGAAAUCUGAAGAUCGGAAGAGCAAUUUUA